AUGCAGGACGCCAAGCCACCGUCGAUCUCUACGUCACAACGUACAGCUUCUCCUCAAGUCUCUUCUCGUAAAAAAGAGACACGUAAGACGCCACAUGUGGCUUUAGGUGGUACGAGUGUAAGUAUGAGCAAAAAAGGAACAGACGGCGGAUUGGACGUGCUUGGAGGCGGUGGGGGACUCUCUAGUGGUGACCUCUUUGCACGUAAUUUAUCAGCCAUGAGUGUGGCCCACGUAGCUAGGGGUGUGGGUUUCGACGCGGUUGAAAAGUCGGCAUUGGAUGCAUUGACUGAAAUUUUAGCAAAAUAUAUUCAGCGCAUUGGAGGAGCUGCCAAGGAUAUUGCCGAGCUUGCAGGACGGACUCAGCCUAAAGCAACAGAUGUUGGACAAGCUUUACAAGACUUGGAGCCAAAUCCCGUGGAUAUUAAAGACCUCAUCAAGACUCUUGGGACUGCGAAACGGCCUUUUCCAAGAGAUGUACCAGCUUUUCCAGCUCGAAAACGAGAUAUUGCUGGCAAUACAAUUGAACAAACCAAGAUUGGACGACGAGAAGGACUGCCACUACAUGUACCAAGCUUUUUGCCACCAUUGCCCAAUCGUCAUACAUAUAGUUCAGAUAGUCGACUGGUGGUGGAGAGAGAGCAGGAUACGAAACGUCAAAGACUCGAGCUGAUCAGUGAAAAGGCUCAAGUGCGGCAAUCGCUGCACGGUCUGCAGACUGUGACUGCCAAAAAACCUGCAAUUAUGGUGCAUCAGCCGACAUGGAAUGCUUUUCAAGGCUCUACGGGUGACAAUGCCACGGAAAAUCCGUUUGUGCAAGCACCUGUCAUCAGUCCUGGUGCCAAGUCUAUCUUUACUGGACCUGAUCGCGAUUUUGCACCAAAUGUUGACAGGGAGAAGGGGCAGUUGAAGAACCAACUGGACAACAAUGUGACCAUUCCAAAGUUAUCUAGCCAAGAUGUAGGCAAGGAAGAGAAAAUCCUAUCGGGUACUUUCCACGACGGUGACUCGGAGUAA